AUGCCCUCUAAUUCGAAACCAGACCGUUUACCUUCUUCCCCUUCCCCCUCUCUCCCUCAUCUACAACCAUCAAACUCCUCUCUCUCCUCACACGUGUCCAUAUCCUCUCGAACACCUCGUCGUCCUCAUACCCUUCGUAAUCCUAGUAUACGAAAAACCUCUACUCCACACAUUUCUCUCGUGUUUGCUCAAGCUGCUCCAACAGCUCCUCUCCCCAACCGACGCGUGGCCUCUGGAGCGGAACAAUCUCUCUCAAAACAACUAGAUGGUGAUCUAGGUGGGAGAACAAUUGGAUUGAGAAGUAGAACAGGUAGUAAUGCUACUCUUACCACUGUCAGAACUGGGAGAAAGAGUCGAAGUCCGACGCCUAGUGUGAUGGAAGUAUCAGAGUUAGAUAUGGAAGCUGGACCUUCGAGAGGUCGAACAAGAUUGGAUGAUAGGAGUCUCGCUUCUCUGUUUGUGGCCCCUGGUGGAGAGGAAAUUGCCGCUCCUCUGCUAGAAGUACCAUUAGAGAAUGGGCUCAAUCACACAACAUCGGUUACACCUUCUAAAAAUGGAGACACUUCGAUGACGGCCACAACAGACGAUGGGAGGAAAGAAGGAGUGGAAAGAAAGUUAAAUCCUAAACAUUCAACAUCGUGGAUGAGGUGGAAUUCUCCUGGACCGACAUUUCCCAAGAGUAAAGAUAAAGGGAAGGGAAAGGAGAAGGAGAAGGAAGAUGACUUGUCUGUCACACAACCUACCAUAAACCCUUCGCUAUCGAUAUCGGGCCAAGACGCAAAUGGUGUCGGUGUCAGAGAAGAUAAUGCCGAACCCCGUACACAACAGGAGUUAUCGACCAGUGAAAAUACACGACAAGGGGACGCGGUUCCCCCAAAGAUUACGGGAGAGACACAGGUUGUAAACGUUGAUGCGGGGAGUGAACCGCCAAAGGGUUGGUGGGGAUGGGGAGGAGGCAAAGGUCGAGAAGUGGUCUCUUCGUCAAUUUAUACUCCAUUAUCCUCGACACUUCCCUCAAUAUCAAAGUCCAACGGUGUUGUCGACCAGGUCAAGGACUCUUUAUCCGAUCCACACUCAGGCCCGCCUGCACCGACCGAAGAACACGUGUCGGCUGCACCUUCUCUUCCUGUCCCGGCCACUGCAUCUCCUGUCACAGUCGUCCAGUCUGACAUGCCAGUCGCCUCCGAUGCAAAUGUCAAGCCAGGGGGGUGGGGGACGUAUCUUGGUCUGAACAGAGGAACGAUCAAACAAUCCGAGAAUGUCAUUCAAUCAUCGCCAAUCCCAGACUCACAUAUCAUCUCCGUUGCCAAUCCUCCUCAGGCCGUAUCCGACUCAAACCCUGCUCCUGUUUUCCCUCGGACGCCUCUCGAGACCGCCGAAUCGACCUCCUCUGUAAAUAAUCGACCCAAAGAACAACCGCAACCGAAUGAAAGCCAAGCUGGUUCUACUGAACCCCGCACAGGCUGGGGUACAUACUUGUACUCUUUCGUCGUACCCCAGACCAAGCCAUCGUCGACUCUUGCAAACACGUCAGCCAGACCUGUAGAACCCACCGAUCCAGCAGCUGAUCAGAAGCCUAUCCCUGCCCCAGGAACGAUAUCAACGUCGACAAUUGCUCCAGAAACAUCAGAAAGCCUUGACGUGCCGCCUUCUACCCAGCAGGACGCCAACACGAUUCCGACACACCCAGAACCCUCCGCUCGCAAACCCACGUCACCCACGUCGUCAACGGGAUGGUUGACCUACCUCGCAUUUCGAUCGACUCAAGGUAAAAUCACAGCGUCUUCAGGAGACGCACCCAAGAGUGAAGGUGUAGACGAGGUCAUGGACUUCUCCUCUGACCCAAACUUCCCAUCUGCCGAACCGUCACAAUCUGCCGAACUCAUCAAACCCCCUGUCGAACCUACCAAACCCAUAGAUUCGCUCAAAGGAAAGACGGUGCAGAUUAAACAAUCCCAGAAUCUCGAAAUUCACAAAAAGCGACUAUCAAACGGAUCCGUGGCUAGCAGUCUCACCCCCAUUGCACCAUCUCCUCAAAGACGUUCGCUCGACAUGGAUCGUACACCUAGUAGUGGUAAAACCAACAAUUCGUCACUUCCUCCACCUCCUCAAGCACCGACUAUCCAGCCUAACAUGGUUAUACCGACUUUCAAAACCACCUUCGAUCGCCCUCCCAGAUGUUUCCCUCCUUUACCACCGCCCAACGAAUCUGAAGGAGCAGGUAUCACGGCUACCACUGCUGGGUUAGCCUGGCGUGCUUUGGGAGCUAUGGGUAAUUAUGUGUACACUCCGAGGGAAACACCUAAAGCUGUUCCUGUAUCUUCCGAGCUGGACAAGGAGACGCGAGGUAGAAAACAGGGGAGGUAUGUUGGAGGUGAUCUGCCAAGGAGAAUGGGUUUGGAUGGCGGGGAUUUGGAUGGGGGUUGGAAGAAUGUGAAGAGAGUGGUGGUGGUUGGUGUGCACGGUUGGUUCCCUGCCAAGAUGCUAAACUCGGUUAUCGGAGAACCUACGGGUACUUCGACGAAGUUUGCAAACAUGAUGGGUCAGGCUGUGAAGCAAUUCUUUGAUGAGAGAGGUGUCACAGAUUUACGACUUACGCUUAUUCCUCUGGAAGGAGAAGGGACUAUUGAUAAUCGAGUAGACAAACUAUACAAAGCAUAUCUCUCCAACCCAGCAUGGAUCAACGAUCUUCGUCGAGCCGAUGCUAUCUUCUUCGCCGCCCAUUCUCAAGGAUGUAUAGUUACCACCCAUCUCAUAUCACGUAUGAUAGCUCAAGGUCAUAUUCGAACACCUCUCAAUAACGAAGCUGUAUCACGAUGUGAAUGGGCCUUUGGACCAGUUGGUCUUUUACCUCCCGAAGAACCAAAGUUCAGAUCAAGAACGGGCAGAGGAAGAGCUACUGUAUCAGGUGCGGAAGGAGGUCAUCAAAAAGUUGCUUUGUUGAGCAUGUGUGGAGUUCAUCUAGGACCAAUGUAUUCGAUCUCGACAAGUAGCGUCAUACAACCGUAUUUGCAAUGGUUCGAGAAUGCCGCUGCGAGGGAAUUGUUCGAAUUUCAGGAUACGACAAGUGCUGUCAGUCAGGCUUAUCAAAGAGCUUUAUCGAUGAUUCUUGAAAAUGGGACGAGGGUAGUCUUACUGGCUUCGUUGAAUGAUCAAGUUGUUCCGAUCUAUGGCGCCUCUUUCAGUUGCGCUACACACCCAUUACUUCUUCGCGCACUAUUCGUGGACGGUGCGAGUUACUCUGCUGAGGAUUUCAUGACCAAUUUAUUGUGUUUCACGUUUAUGUUACGCAACGCUGGUAUUGACGAUCAACGGCUUAUCGAACAUCUCAGCGAGGCUACCGCGGGGUCAUUGACGGGCGUCGGACACAGCAGUCCAUAUGAAGAACUAGCUAGUUAUGCUCUCGCAGUCGAAUAUCUCCUUCUGGCAGGUCCAGCUCCUAAUCUACCGCCAUUACAAGUAGAACCGUUUUCAGCCCGAGACGCUCGAAACGACUUUGAACUUCCGUGGAUCAUGCGAGCUUUGGUAGAUGCUCCAGAAAUAAUCGAUUUGUUUCCUGGUGAGCUGAAAGAUUUGAAGGAAGGGGUGGUUAGUUGGAAACCGCAUACCAAAGCGUUGAGGGAGAUUAAGCGGCGACUCGAACCUAUGGCAGGAAGAAGAUCUAAAUUAUCCACGACCUUACAUGAAUCACCUUCCUCUACCAGUCUAGUUUCUACUGGUAAGCCAACCGAACUAGGUGUCAGUCCAGGUGGCGCAGGUAUAGGAGUGGGACAUAAAAGUUCAGGUUUGGGAUUGAGGAGGGAUUGGUAA